ACUUAAGUAAUUGCUAAUCAUAACUUUUCCGGCAUUCCAGCUCAUAAAUUAAAACCAAUUCUGUUUGGAGGCUUUUCCAGUAUAUCUCCCGUGCCAGCCAUCUGGGCCUUUUUUAGUCUGACCUAAAGCUGAAGAGAUAGGUUCUGCCUCUGAAGGCUCUCAAUCUCUCCUGCUGCCAAAAGAACAAAUGAUUUGAAGUGCCAUGUCUGUCUGCCUGAGGUCCAUGGCCUCAGUGACUGACUUUGGGGAGCAUCAUUUGGAGGCUCCGUCUGAAGCAGCUGUUUCUCUCGCCAUGUUCAGAUCUGACUUCCCUCUCUACCCUCUCCAUUCUGCAUUUGCCCAUGGGAGCCCCCUACGGUCCCGUGGCUCCCUUUUACCCAGGACACUGUGAACUAGACUGAGGUAUGAAUAGGACCCCAGUCUCCACAUCCCAGACUCUGCUGGGCCCUGGCUGCCACGCAGAGGCUGGUAUUGUGGCAUUGUGGCCUCCCAGGACUGAAUCAAGCCUCUGUCUCUCAGCUCCCGAGCACUCUGAAUUCAUUCUGCCUGGCUUUUAUCCUUAAUAAUAAAACUGGCUGUUAUUUUUCUGACUGGCCUCCAGACUCUCAUUAGCUUUCACUCUGAAUAGCAGGGCACCGAAGGAGUACAGCUGAGCCCGAGGGAGCCCUUCUCUCCGGCGGCAGAGCCAAGAGAAUGGUGGUAAACCUCUUGAGUGUGGCUGGGCCCUCCCACCAGUGCCGCGACUACCUGGGCGGUGCACUUGGGGGCGACCUCUGCGAGGACCUGUGUGUGGCGGGCCAGCUGAGGUACCAGCGCUGCCUUUACUAUGAGCGGGGCAAGAAGGUGCUGCAGGCUGACUGGCGCGGCCGGCCUGUGGUCCUCAAGUCCAAGGAGGAGGCCUUCUCCAGCUUCCCACCACUUGGCCUCCUGGAUGACCAGCCUGAAGAUGAGGACAGCAGCCGGGGGUUCUCAGAGGCAGAGCUCCUCCCACUGGUGGCGGGGGAGGUCAAGAGCGCGCUGGGCCUGGAGCUGGCCAACGGCAGUCUGGGGCACCUGGGGCUGGGGUGGCCGGGCCCCCGGCUGCGGGGCCAGCUGGCCAGCCUGUGGGCGCUGCUGCAACAGGAGGAGUUUGUCCUGCUCAGCCUGCUGCGCGGCCUCAGCCCGCACGCCCCGCCUGUGCUAGGUUCCUGCGGCCAUUUCUAUGCUGUGGAGCAUCUGGCUGCAGGCAGCCCCCGCCACUGGGCCCUCUUCCCCCUGGACGGUGCAUCCCAGGGAGGCCGGGGCCAGGCCCGGGCAGUCAGCGGCGUGGCACUCAGCUUCCUGGACAUGGUCAGCCACUUUGACCACGACUUUUCCCACCGCCUGCACCUCUGCGACAUCAAACCGGAAAACUUUGCCAUCAGGAGUGACUUCACGGUGGUGGCUAUUGACGUAGACAUGGCCUUUUUUGAACCUAAAAUGAGGGAAAUUCUUGAGCAGAACUGUACAGGAGAUGAAGACUGCAAUUUCUUUGACUGUUUUUCAAAGUGUGAUUUGCGAGUACACAGGUGUGGAGCUCAGAGAGCCAACAGCAACCUGCAGGUCGUUUGUGACAAGAUAUUCCGCCACUGGUUCUCCUCCGCGCCCAGCAGCCCCGCCGUCUCCCUGCCUCUUCGGCUGCAGCUGCGGGAGGCGGUGCAGGAGUGCGCGGCCCCCGGGACCCAGGCGGCGGCGCCCCGCGUGUUCUGGAAGCUUCGGCGCCUCCUCCAGGCUGUGCUGCGGGAGCUGCAGGAGGAGGACCAAUAGCCGCUCUGGCCUCUCGGAGCCUCCUCUGGAGAGUGGCCCCGCGUCAUUGGAAGAGUGAGUCCAGGCUCGGGAAGGCCCCCGUCUCGGACACCGUGUGAGGAGCCGAUCCCCGAGGCCUUCCUCCUCUCCCGGCUUGAUUCCUCUGCUGUGAAGCCACCGCAGCUCUCUGACCUCUCACCUCUUUGGAAGUGACAUGGGGGGUGGGGCUCAGCCGCUGUGUGUGAGCAAGAGUUGCAGCCGGGCCCCUAAGGACCUGUCCCAGUGCCAGAGUGUGCGUGCACGUGUGUGCGCAAGGGCAAGUGAGUGUAUGUGCACAUGCCUGUGUGAGGGCGAGUGCGCGUGAGCGAGGGUGAGAGUGCACCUGUGAGAGGUGUGCA